AUGUCAGAAGUAAUUAAAAUGGAAGCUGAAUUAGCAAGAAAAAGAAAUGAAGAUAUUCCUGAAUUACAAUUAUUAUUUACGUUGAAGAAAGGUUUAGAUAAAAAAAGAUACAAUUUUCAAAGUUUUAAUGAAGUUGCUGCAAUUUUUAAUACAAACUCAGAAGGAGAAAUACCAGAAUCCUAUGUAACGGUUUAUAAUAAAUCUACAAAGGAAUUAAAAUUAGUAAGUAAUUUGGAUCCCAAUGUUGAACCUUGGAUUUAUCCUAUAUUUUACCCACUUGGAAAUAAAGGUUAUAAUAUUAAUAUGAUUCGUAGUGAUAGUGAUUAUAGAAGAAGAAACCUUACUAUUUCUAGGUCUGCCUAUGUGAAAUACAAAAUCGCAAUAAGAGAUAAGGAAUUUAAUCAAUUCUUAUAUGGCGGGCGGUUUUUUCAACAAUGGGUAGUUGAUAAUUAUGUAAAAAUAGAAAAAGAUAGAUUAAGAUUUUGUGCAAAUAAUCAAGCUCAAUUGAGAAGUGAAACAUAUAAAGGACUGAUUGAUUAUUUACAUAAUCGUGAGUUAGAAAAUGAUGUACACGUUGGAAAAAUGCUUAUAUUGCCUUCUACUUUUAUAGGAUCUCCUCGCAAUAUGAUGCAACAAUAUCAAGAUUCCAUGGCUAUUGUUGCUCGUCAUGGUAAACCGGAUUUAUUUAUUACAAUGACAUGUAAUCCAAAUUGGAAAGAGAUAAAGGAAAAUCUAUUACCCCACCAAACUGCUGCUGAUAGACCUGAUAUAGUAACUAGGGUUUUUGCAUUAAAAGUGAAACAUCUGCUAAAAGUUAUUGUUGAUAAUAAAUUAUUUGGAGAGGUAAAGUCUUAUGUUUAUGUUAUUGAAUUUCAAAAGCGAGGAUUGCCACACAUUCAUUUGUUAGUUAUAUUGAAAGAAAAUUCUAAAAUAUUGACAGUUGAAAGUAUUGAUCGUUAUAUUUCUGCAGAAAUUCCUGAUGAAAAUAUUAAUCCUACCUUACAUAAAAUAAUAAUGCAAAAUAACAUUCACGGACCUUGUGGAGAUUGGUGUUUGAUUGAUGGAAAAUGUUUAAAAAAUUUUCCAAAACCAUACCAAAAUGAAACUACAAUUGAAGAAAAUUGCUAUGUUCAUUGUCGUCGAAGAAAUAAUAAUAGAACGUAUGAACGACCAAAUGGAUUUGUUGUUGAUAAUUCUAAUGUUGUUCCGUAUUGUCCUAAGCUAUCAGAAAUAUUUAAUUGUCAUAUAAAUGUGGUAAUAGUUUCGAGUAUCAAAUCUGUUAAAUAUUUAUAUAAAUAUAUUUUCAAGGGGCAUGAUGCUGCAUCCAUUGUUAUCACAAAUGCGAAUGGUGAGGUAACUGUGAAUCACAAUGAAAUAAAUCAUUAUGAAGAAAAUAGAUAUGUUGGUCCUGUUGAGGCAGUUUGGAGAAUUCUAAGUAAUCCUUUAGGAAAAAAGAGUCAUAGUAUUAAUCGUUUACCCAUACAUUUACCAAAUGAACAGAAUGUUAUUAUUCGAGAAGGAAAAGAUAGUAACGUUGUUUCUUUUGAUUUGAAGAAAAAUACAAAAUUACUGGAUUACUUUAAACUUAACCAACGUGAUAGUAAUGCUCAUCAGUAUUACUAUUCAGAAAUACCAGAACAUUAUACGUGGAUAACAAAAUCUGUUGAAUGGAAACAAAGAAUUCGUAAGGAAAAAGUAUUGGGAAGAAUGUAUUCAGUUAAUCCGUCUCAAAUGGAAUUAUUUCACCUGAGAUUAUUGUUGCUUACAGUAAAAGGAGCAACUUCUUUUGAAAGUUUAAGAACAGUUAAUGGAGUCGUGCUUGAAUCUUUUACAUCUGCUUGUUUGGCAUUAGGACUUGUGGAAGAUGAUACUGAGUGGAUUAGAACAAUAGAAGAAGCUACUUUAUGGAUGAUGCCUCAUUCACUUCGCCAAUUAUUUGUAAGAAUUUUAAUUCAUUGUCAUCCUGUUCACCCGGAUAAACUUUGGGAACAAUUUAAGAGGCAUCUGUCAGAAGAUUUUUCAAAAAUUAACAAUAUUGAGGCUGAAAAUAUGGCUUAUAGAAAUAUAAAAUCACUGUUACUUAAUGAAGGAUACAAUUUAACUGACUUUCAAGGAUUAUUAGACAUAGAAGAUGAAAAUCGUUCUAUACAAGUUGACGAUAUAAAUAUGUUAGAACAUAUUAAGAUAGGAGAACAAAAUUAUGAUACAUUAAAUGUAAAACAGAACGUUGUAGUUGACUAUAUACUUCAAGUCAUAAAAGAUUCUUCUUUAAAUGGUUCUAAAUGCUUAUAUGUCAAUGGUUGUGGAGGAUCUGGAAAAACUUUUUUAUACAUUACAUUAUGGCAUUUAUUAAGAAGCAAAGGAGUGAAUGUUUGUAACAUGGCAUUUACGGGUAUAGCUGCCACUUUGCUUCCUAACGGGAAAACUGUUCAUAAAGUUUUAGGAUUACCUGUUCCACUGUAUAGUGAUUCAACUUCAAACAUUAAAGUUCAGUCAAAAGAGGGACUCUUUUUAAAAAAUAUAGAUGUUUUUAUUUGGGAUGAAGCACCAAUGGCUCCAAAAUAUGCCUCAGAAAUUAUGGAUUAUCUAUUAAGAGAUAUAAUGAAAUCAAAUGUUGCUUUUGGUGGUAAAAUUGUAAUUCUAGGAGGAGAUUUUAGACAAACUUUGCCAAUUAAAGAACGAGGCACUAGAUCAGAAAUAGUAAAUUUAUCCAUAAAGAACAGUAAACUAUGGAAACAUUUCAAAAAAUACACUUUAACAGAAAAUAUGAGAGCCUUACCACAGGAGACGGAAUUUGUAGAUUUUCUACUCAAAGUGGGCAAUGGUGAAUUAAAUGAUGUAGAUGAUAAUGUUAAAUUACCAGAACAUAUUAUUCAACAUGGAAAUGUAGAUAUUGCUGAAGAAAUGUAUGGUCAUUUGAUACAACAGAAUAAAUUUAGAGAGUUGCCAGUGUGUGUAAUUUUAGCACCUAGAAACGUUGACGUUGAUGAUAUUAAUAAGAGAGUGGUGCGUCUCUUAGACAGUAAUGGGGAAACAAUGUAUAAAAGUAUUGAUUCUACUGAAAAUUGUGAUAAUGGAAGUUUUGCGGAAGUCUUGUUACCAGAAUAUUUAAAUACUCUCUCUCCGCCUGCUUUACCACCACAUGAAUUACAUUUGAGAAUUAAUUCAGUUGUAAUGCUAAUUAGAAACCUUAGUAUUAAUGAAGGUUUAUGUAAUGGAACAAGGUUAAUUAUUUUAGAUUUAUCACAUAAUGUUAUUAAAUGUCAAAUAUUGACUGGAGAUAAGAGUGGAAAUAUUGUUUUUUUACAUAGAGUAACUCUAUAUUGUGAAAAUUUAUAUCCAUUUACUUUUAAAAGAAGACAAUUUCCUAUAAAAUUGGCUUUCGCAAUGACUAUAUCAAUAAAUCUCAAGGGCAAACAUUCAACAGAAUAUCCAUUGAUUUGA